AUGUCGAAUGAGCUCAUGCAUGCCCUAUGGGGCUCGUUCUCCGUUCUGAACGAAUACCGGACUACAAGGGUCGCAGAAGUCCUCUCCGACUUCCGGACUCUGCAGUACUACAUCGCAGCGGUGCCAACUGAGCCCGCGAACAUGGAAGACUACUACACUGAGGGCUGGGCAGCCUUGCGCCAGUGUUCUCUCGACGGACAGCACAUUCUUAACUGUGCAGCCGACACCAGUGUUCCGCAGGCAAGCGGCGGGCCGCUUGAGCAGGAGAAGGCCGAGCUGAAGCAAUGUCUUCUGGAUGCUUUCGCCAGACGACAUGAAUGCCAGAAGAUCUAUCUGCGACAGGCUGCGGCACAGCGGUGGAUGAGCAACCGCGACAGCAUUCUGCAGGGUGCGAGGCCGAACGGGAGAAACCAAGCCCACUUGAGUGCCUGUGACCAGCAGUUGAGAAUUGAACUCACCGCCAUCGCGGAUGAAAGUAUCUACAAUGAGUUGCAGGCCUCGGACUAUUCGAUGGGCCGCUGGACGGCCGAGGAUCCCAACCUGCGAAGUGUGCAGCGCUGGCUUCGCGCACGACGACAGUAG